GCUGCGUGACGGGGAGGAGCGAACUGAAGCCGCGUCUCCGGGGCCGGCCCCCGCCCCGGCAUCCCGUUCGCCCGCAGCCUUGACCCCGCCUGCCCAGCCAUGGCAGCCUUGCUGAGCCGCCCCUGCUUCAUCUCCCUCCACGUGCCCUACAGACAGGGCUGGGCCCAGGACCUGGCCAACACCUUUCGCUUCCAGCCCGUGGCCGUGCGGGAGACGCCGCGAGUCCGGCAGCUCGCCUUGCGACGGGGAUCCGCCGUCUUCCUCGUCAACGAGCGCCUGGCGCCGGGGCCUGCCGACUUUCUCUAUGAUGUGGACCCCCAGCCCGCACUGGGCACGGCCUCCAACGUCUGCUUCGAGGUGGACGACGUCUUGGGGCUCUGCAAGCAACUGCAGAGCCGGGGGUGCUCCCUGCCGGUGCCCCCCGAGGUGAGGGACGAUGGUGGCUCCGUCACCUACAGCGUGGCAAGCUCCAUCGUGGGCAACAUCAGCCACACCCUUUUGGACAGAUCCCGCUACCAGGGAUCCUUCCUACCUGGCUUCCAGGCCAUCCAAGGAGCCCCCUCAGUCACAGGGGACGGGAUCGAGAUCACCCACUUCGAUCACAUCACAUACGUCUGCCCGCGGGGCGGUGCCCGGGUGGCUCUGGACUGGUACCAGCACUGCUUUGGCUUCCAACGCUUCAUGCUGAACCCCCAGGAGAGGCCGGCUGAGGGGUACAUGCUGGGGGGGCAGGGGGUGGGCAUGCUGCUCCUCGCGCUGCAGAGCGCCCGGGGCGCCCUGGCACACGGCUGCAAGCUCAUCCUCGCCGAGUCCCUCUCGGAGGACGGCACCAACCAAGUCGACACCUUCCUAGAGCAGCACGGUGGGGCCGGGAUCCAGCACGUCGGCCUCCGCACCACCGAUAUCGUCGCCACGACCAGGGCUUUGCAGCAGCGGGGCGCGCGGUUCUUCACACCCCCUACCACCUAUUACAACCAGGGGGGCAAAGUACAGGAGAUCCGGGGGGCCGGGCAGGACCCCCACAUGCUGGCAGAGCUCGGCAUCCUGCUGGACACCACAGCACCUGGGGACAAGGAGCUGUGGGGCACUGAAACCACAAAGAGCCCUUCCCAGAAUUAUCUGAUGCAGAUCUUCACCCAUCCCAUCUUUUCAGAGGAGACCUUCUUCCUAGAGCUCAUUGACCGGCGGGGAGCGCUGGGCUUCGGGGAGGGCAACAUACGGGCACUGUGGAAAGCUGUGCAGGUCUAUAUGGACCAGCAGCAGUAGUAGCAACACUGUGAUCCUCCUCCCUCAGCUCCCCCUCCUCUCCGGUUCAACCCUGGGGCAAAUACGCCACUGAGGAGAUAUCAGUGGGUGCCUGUGGCAUGGCCCGUGGGGGCAGGGACCAAGGGAGGUCUCCAGGCCAACCCAGAGCCAUCUCAGCACGGGAGCAAGCUGCUCAGGCCAAAUCCAGCACGGCUCUGAGCAUCCCCAAGAACAGAGGGUGAUUUCUCCCCCUCCCUGGGUUCCCAGUGAUUUAUUGACCUCACAUGAAGGACUUUCUGCCUUAAUUUUAUCUUUAUUUAAUGAGACUUGUGCCUGCAGCAUGGCCAAGAACACUGCUGGCACAGCAACGCCCCCAGCCAUGGGGGGAUGAGGGGCUGCCUGAGGGGAGUGGAUAACCUGGGGGCCAUGGACCCAGCCCCUCAUCAACAGUUACAACCCAGAGCACGGCCAACCCCCGCGCAGGGCAAAGGCUGGCCUCUCCUCUCAAUUAAAGAAUUAACUUGCAA